AUGCGUGUUACUGGGGCCUUGCUCGGGCUCGCCGCCCUCAUUGGGUGUGCAAGUGCCAUCGGGCAGAUGAACUGCACCUCUUUCCUGUCUGGCGCUUCUACCUUCCCUAUCGUUGCGAACGGGACAGCUGCGCCGAUCUAUAUCUCAUCAGAAGACUGGCUCGGUGUGCAACGAGCGGCGACAGACUUCGCAGAGGACAUUGAACGCGUAACAGGCGUAAAGCCUGCAUUCAAUAAUGUCACUGCCGCAAGCGUUUCCUCUGCAAUUCCGGCGGGCACGCAGCCUAUCAUCGUCGGAACACUCGGCAUGUCACCGCUUAUCGACCAGAUUGUCAACAAUACGGGAUUGGACGUGUCGUCUGUGGAGAAUCAAUGGGAGGCGUUCAUAACGCGUGUAGUCGAGAACCCUCUUCCGGGCGUGUCAAGCGCGUAUGUGAUGAUUGGAGCUGACAAGAGAGGUUCGAUCUACGCGAUGUACGAUCAUUCUGAGCAAUUCGGCGUUUCUCCCUGGUACUGGUGGGCAGACGUCCCCACGACGCAGCACGCGGAGCUCUUCGUCUCUCAGACGGGGUGCUACCACGGGAGCCCUACGGUGAAAUACCGGGGCAUCUUCCUAAACGAUGAGCAGCCCGCUCUCGAGAACUGGGCAAUGCACUACUUCUCCAAUGGCACGGGCGCCUACUACACCGGGUCGCCGUUCAAUUCAGAUUUCUAUCGCACUUUGUUUGAACUCAUUCUGCGAAUCAAGGGCAACUACCUAUGGCCAGCCAUGUGGGCUAGCGCCUUCGGCGUCGAUGACCCUCUUAAUCAGUACUAUGCAGACAUGUACGGCGUAGUUAUGGGCACCAGCCACGAAGAACCAAUCAUGCGCUCACUCCCAGUUGAAUGGGACCUCUUCGGUACUGGCCCAUACGACUAUGUCGCAAACAAGCAAAACGUCUAUGAUUUCUGGGUCGCCGGAGCGAAGCGUGGUGCGCCGUAUGAGAACAUAUACACUAUGGGGAUGCGAGGCCUCGGCGACUUGCCGCUCGGCGAUACAAUCAACAUCCCUCUGCUCGAAGGGAUCGUGUCUGAUCAGAGACAGAUUCUGAGCGACUACGUCAAUAAUAACGUCACAGCAAUUCCGCAAAUGUGGUGUCUAUACCAGGAAGUCAUAGGAUACUACGAGGAUGGGAUGACUGUCCCUGACGAUGUCACGCUACUAUGGGCAGACGACACAUGGGGCAAUAACGAGCGUUAUCCACUCUACAACGAGACGAGCAGAGCUGGUGGAGCUGGUAUUUACUACCACUAUGAUCUGGUGGGACCGCCGAGAGACUACAAGUGGAUCACCAGUAGUCAAAUGGAGAAGACCUACAACCAGAUGUCUCUCGCUGUCGAGCGCAACGCGACCCGCAUCUGGAUCCUCAACGUCGGCGACCUGAAGGGAUACGAGAUGCCAAUUGAGUACUUCAUCAACCUUGGCUGGGACUCAACAAUUUGGAACCAAGACAAUAUCUAUUCGUUCGUCACGAGCUGGGCUACACGCGAGUUCGGGCUUGACGACGACGAUCGCGAGGCGGUCGCAAGCAUCAUCCAUAACCUCACGAGGUACAACUCGCGGGUGAAGCCGGAGCUGGUCAACUCGACGACGUAUAGUUUGACGAAUUAUCGCGAGGCUGAGACAAUGCUUAAUAACUGGGAAACCGUGCUGAACGAGUCGACGCGGAUCUACAACAGUCUUUCGACUGAGAAGCAGCCCGCGUACUUCGAGCUUGUUCAUCACCCCGUCAUGGCUAGCUCUACUGUCAACAUGAUGUGGAUCUAUGCUGGGAUGAAUAAUCUUCUUGCCUCUCAGGCUCGUGUCGGCGCAAACGGCUAUUUCACCAAGGUGCAGGAACUCUUCCAGAAGGACUAUGAUAUCGAGGAGAUGUACCAUACGAUUUUGGAUGGUACCAUCAUGGAUCAGCCCAACGUGAUGUAUUAUUACUGGCAACAGCCAAUGCAGGACACAAUGCCUAUGGUGACGUGGGUGCAACAGCGAAAAGCAAACAUCGCUGGUGUCAUGAGGAUCACCCCCGAGGAGAGCAGCGGUGCCUGGCCAGGCGACAACGAGAACGACUGUGCUCAAGGUUACAGCUGCCCCAAUCCGACUGUAUACCUCGAUCCUUACCUCCCAUUUGGGAGCAAAUACGUCGACGUCGGCUUGGGCGGCUCGGAGAACUUCACCUUUACCGUCACAUCCAAUGUCAGCUGGAUCACAGUCUCUCCUUCCGGAGGAUCCGUCUCGUUGUCAAAUCCUGAGCAGCGUGUGUACGUGAGCGUCAAUGACUGGAGCCAGGUUUCGGGCAAUCAAUCUGCUCUUGUGAAUUUCACCACGACGGGACCGGAUGCGACGGAUACGACCCUUCAGAACUUCACAAACACGUUGACUGUGCCGGUGACGUUUGUCGCAAACCACACACAGCCGGCUUCCAAUUUCACUGGCUUUGUCGAAGGUGAUGGUGUGAUUUCUGUUGGUGCGGCGCACACCUCCAGCAACACGUCUGCGGCUGGCAUAACGUGGACUGAGCUUCCUGGGUAUGGUCGGACGCUGUCAGGCGUCACCCCUAUGCCUCGUACAGCGGAUAACAACACCAACUUUACCGCUGGAGCCGGUCCUUCCGCACGCUACGACUUCUACAACUUCAACACGAUUGGCCAGGAGGGCAACAUCACCAUCACAGCCUACCUUGGACUCAUUCUCAACACGAACGGCAACGAUCGCCCGACCGCAUUUGCCCUGCAGGUGGAUGACGGCGAACCACAGACCGAGUAUUACGUCCCGUCGGCAUCUCCUGGGACGCAGCCACCCGAGUGGGAUAAUUGGGUCGCACAGAACACGAUCACGACUCAGACAAAUUUUACUGCUUGGCCCGGUGCCCACACCCUUACAGCAAUCAUUUUACUUGAGAAAAACCACUUGCUUAUGCAAAUAUUCACAGACACUGGCGGCCUGCUCCCAAGCUACCUUGGUCCUCCAGAGAGCAUUCGCGUGUAG